UACCAGAAAACCAGUUGAUUAAAAACGGUAAAUGAUUACCCGACUCUAUAACGGGUAAUCAUUUACCGAUCGUGUUUAAAACAUAUAAACACGACAGUUUGGGUUUUGAAACCCAUUAUUUCAAAACCCAAAUUUCCCUCCCUCAAUCGCAUCCUCUCUCAAAGCUCGGUUCCACCACUUCAAUCAUCUCAAAGGUCGGUUCUAAUCAUCAUCAAAGCUCCCACAAAGACCCAUUCCAUUACAUUCAAAAGGUAAGUUUUGAUUUCAAUGAUUUUCACAUUUGAAGUUUGAAUUAGGUCAAUGGUUGAACACUAGGGUAGUUGAUUGAUGAUUAGAGGUAGGUUUUGUUGUGUUUUGUUGCCUGAAAUUCCAUGAAACGAGUACGGGCACGAGUGGGGUGCAUUUGGGUCUGUUUCUGGGUUUACUGUAAUAUCGGAAAAUCAAUUUCCGAUAUGAUAAUGGAAAAUGAUUUUCCGAUAUGGUAAUGGAAAAUGAUUUUCCGAUAUGACAGUAUGACAGUGCAGACUUCCAAAAUUUAUUUCCAAUAUUUAACCAUGGCAUGUAUUUAGCUUCCAGGAUUACUUUGCUGAUUUGUUGAGAAUUGGAAAAGAUCAAGAUAGAUUUGAUGUGUUGUGAUUAGGAAAGUUGUUUAUUGUUUAUUGGAAAAGAUUAAGCGCUCAAAUCAUAUGCUUCAUGUGUUGUAAUUAGGAAAGUUGUUUAUUGUUUUUGUUCGCUUGUGAUGAUGGUUGCUUGACCUUAACACAGCUAGAAAUUUAAUUUAAUCACAUUCACAUGCAAACUAACAACUAAUUCUCUAUAUUUUCCUUUUCCUAUGGUUAGUUGCUAAACGAUUGAUUGGAAAUUUCCUGAUUAAGUUAAAAAAUGACUCAAAUGAUAUGCUCAUAUGUGAAAAUGCUUUACUUAUUAUGACAAGUAUUGUUAAAUUUGUUUGUUUUGCACAGAUAGCGAGAAUGAAGGGCGGGAGGAAGAGGUCACGACAUGCUUCUACUAGUGAGGAUCCAGCGGAUCGACACCAUGCUUCUACCAGGCGCGACGACCAUAUUGCAGCCACUCAGGCGGUAGAGGCUUCAGCUCCGUCUCCAUCCCCAUCUGCUACUCCGGUCGAGGCUCCGUUAGCUACCCCGGCUCCAUCUGCUACUCCGGUCGGGGCUCCGUCAGCUACCCCCGCUCCGUCUGCUACUAGGGCUCCGGCUGAGCUGGACCCUGCUCCGUUGUUUCCGAUGGCUGAGUUACCUCGUCAGGAGACAUCUUCUUCUGAGCCUAGUGGCGAGGAGUCUUCUUCUUCUUCUGAGCUUAGUGGUGAGGAGGAGGAGCCUCUUAUUCUGCAGGAGGAGAUUGAUGCUGCUGAUGUUGUGCCAGAUGUGGUGCCAGAGGGCGGUGCAGAGGGCGGUGCGGAUGACGACCUCAUCCAGAGGGUGGCACCGUUUCCCGGGGGGCCUGAGGAUCUGUCGCUUCUUGCGCAUUAUCCUGACCACAAGGCUCCUUGGACGUGGCAGGCACUUCUUCGCACAGACCCGCGGUACGUGGACCGUCGGACAUUGAGGGUGGCCACUGUUGGGGGGAAGGUAUGGAACCUCCCCUGUGAUGGCGAUUCAGAGGCCCACACACGUGCGACAGCUGCUGCAGCAGACGGGUUUGUAUCACCUGCCUUGGUGCGGGUUACCGGAGACAGACCCAGCUGUCGUACUGGCCCUUGUUGAGAGAUGGCAUGAGGAGACGAGUAGCUUCCACAUGCCGUUCGGGGAGAUGACUAUCACCCUGGACGAUGUGUCUGCUCUUCUCCAUCUUCCCACAGGGUCGAGGUUCUACACUCCGGGCAGAGGGGAGCGAGACGAGGUUGCAGCGCUCUGCGCCCAGCUCCUGGGAGGAUCUGUUGCUGCUUAUCUGGCUGAGUUUGAGGCGGCGGGUGGCCAGAACAUUCGGUUCAUUACUCUGAAGACCAUGUACACGUCUGCUAUGGAUGGGGGACGCUAUGAGGAUGCUGCUAGGAUCUGGCUGGUGAACCAGCUUGGUGCCACCCUCUUUGCCAGCAAGAGUGGUGGUUACCACACUACUGUCUACUGGAUCGGGAUGCUUGAGGACCUCGGUCGCGUGUCGGAGUACGCGUGGGGUGCGAUUGCGCUGGCUUCGUUGUACGAACAGCUGAGUCGUGCAUCCCGCAGGAAGACAGCGCAGAUCGGUGGGUUCACCUCCCUCGUGCUGUCAUGGGCGUAUGAGUACAUAUCCAGCAACGUCAUUAUCAGGACGGAGGUCCCCGGCUACACACAAGACCAGCCUAGGGCGCAGCGGUGGUCCACGUCUCGGAUCGCGCAUUUCAGACUCGAUGAGAGACGAGUCAUGCUCGAUGAGCUUACAGUGGAUGAUAUCACAUGGACCCCUUUUGAGGACCAUCGAGAUGUUCGACCGCGGGAUCCCAGGGCCCUCUAUUCCGGCUACAUCCGGACACCUUACGGCCGGUCUGUGAGCCGACAUCUACCAGAGCGGGAGGUGAUUCAGCUGUGUGAUGAGACACUUGAUUCUGCUGAGAAGAAUGUUUCUCCACUGGAUGCUGGUUUGCAAGUCACAGAUAUGAAUAAUUCCCUUUAA